AUGUUGGAGCCAACAAAUAGUCCAACGCAUUGUGAGAGCCCUCCGAUAUCUGGCCGCAGUAUAAAUAACCUUUUGUGUGAGGAGUUACGUUGCCCUAUCUGUUUGACGGCUUACAAGUUGCCGACUACAUUAUGUUGCGGACAUACCUUUUGUCGAUAUUGUGUGGGGAGUUCGGAGCUGUGUCCUUUGUGUCGGCUGCCGGUGGGCAAAGUCCCUCUGUCAGUGAACAUGGUGUUGUACAAUUUAAUGAAGGCUGCGCGGUUGCGCAGCGUUUCGUUGCGGGCUGAGGAAGGCGCGCGGAGGAAAGCGGAGUUUCCGGUGGAGGAAUAUUGGGACGCGCGGGUGGCUAAGGAGUUUGCGCCGUUGCCGGGCUUCGCGCGUUUACUGAUGACGGAUAUUCUGGGGUACCAGAACGAAGUGUUUGCGCGGGACCUGACAGCGUGUUUGGCGUCACUAUGCUCCCGCCAGAACCUCUUUCGCCCUAUUCCGUAUGUCAUUGACCGCCAGGCCGCGCGUUUCCUGCUCCGCUCCAUGGACAUUACCUCACUCGCCGACGGCGAACAACUCCAGAACUGGACGGAAAGCAUGGUGGAUGCCAAUAUGCACCUCAUCACCCGCAGCCGUCUCCUCCGACCCUGCUCUGCCGCCCGACCCGGUACCAGGCCCGGCACACGACCCGGCUCCGGCAUCACUCUUGACGACGAAUGCAUUGGCCACCUUCAGGUCCUCGGCGACAAACUACACAAGAUCACUCCCGCCCUCCUCCCCCUCGACCACUUUCCACUUUGUGGCGGCCGCCACACUACCAAUGACAUCGUUAUCCUCCAGUCCUCCGUCUCCGCCUACCACUUCCUCAUUCGCGAAGGCACCUACGACGAGUUACCCAGCCCCGAACCAGGCCGCGUUCCGGACCACCGUGUCGGAGACCACCGAGUUGGAGACCACCGAGUUGGAGACCACCGAGUUGGAGACCACCGAGUCGGAGACCACCGAGUUGGAGACCACCGUGCCCAGGAGCAAGACCUUGCGCCGGGAAAUGUUACGCCGGACAAUAUUACACCGGGCAGUGAGACAAGGGUCGGUGUUGCGGCGGAGGCGAGUAGUCGUUCGCCUGUGAGUAUGCGUCACGUCUCGUCGCCUAACCCGUGGCGUUUUUCUGCUGCUGCUUCGGAGCUCUCAGCGGUCGGCCACAAGGCGGACAAGGUGCUCAUUCUGCAAGACGUUGGUAGCAGUGUUGGGACCAUGCUUCGGCUGGACUCACACACGCCUCUCGAGGAUGGCUGGGUGCUACACCUCGGCGACCGACUGGAGUGUCGUGUCCAGUUAGGAUCGCCGCUCCGCCACCUCGCUUGGGACCCGGAACAGCAACACGUGGUUCAGCUGGCCAACAACGGGGCGCCGGACACGGGAGAAACUUGCGCAGCCACGCCAGUUUCCCGUGCGACUUCCACUCCAAAGGCCUCGAACCCUAGUGUCCAAAUCCCAAACCCCCCGGUUCAGAUCCCGCCGUCGUCAGUACAACCCCCCUCGUCGGUCCUGCAGCAUGCGGCUUCAAUGCUACAGCUACCGGUUUCCUGCACGCCAUGCAGCCGAAACGCGUCGCCGACGGCCAGGCUGAACGCCUUUGGGCCUAACGCCUUCGGCUUCGGGCCCGGUCCCAGCGGGCCCGGUCGUGGGUCGACUGGACUGUGUCCCACUACACUAAACCCGAUACCGAUGUUGACCCUGACGUUGUUGCGACCGCCGGAAGAGUUGGACGGGACCAGCGGGCAGGCGGAACGGUCGUGGGUGAUACCCCCAGCGGGCGUGGUAUUGGGUCGAGCAGACCAUCAUGCAGCGGCGCAUUCGGCAGUGCCAAAAAUCGCCAUGACCGCUGCGAACAACUGCGUGUCCCGAGACCACUGCAUGCUCUCCUUCGGCGGCAGUCCGCCCUGUUGGCGCUUCACCGAAAUCUCGCCUCUAGGAACUUUCCGCCGUCUCCGUCCCUUCGCUGAUAAGGUCGCCCUCGACGGACCCGUGUCCCUCAAAGUUGGCCAAUGCAGACUCGAAUACCUACUCGAAACUCUCCCGCCUGUUACCAGAGCCCGCAGUGUUUCCGCAAGACGACCCUCCAUGCCCAGGCGCUAUGACCAUCACACACUCAGCCGAUGA